UCUGUUCCGGGUGCAGUGUCGUCCUUAAACGAUUCCGAUCAGGAGGACUUGGAUUUCCUUUUGGGAGAGGACCUUGAGGAUCCUCUCUUGGAGCUUGAACCGAAAAAACAAAAGAUCGACAGUGGAAAGGCUGCUUCCCCGUCGAGUGCUGGUUCUUCAAGUGACUCGUUGCUGCAGCAGGCCUCUCAACCAAGCCGAGGAUCGUCGAG